AUGGGUGAUAUAUUUCGUUUCAAAGCUUUAGUAAUUUUGACUUUAUAUGUAUUUGUGAAUGGUGAUAAUUAUGAUGAAAAAGACGACAAUGAUGACAAAAGAUCAUUAGAGUCUGAUAGCAAUGAAUUAUAUAAUACCAGUUCCAAAGAAAUACCUUUGAGAGUAUCCAAAAUGAAAGAUAGCUUCAAUGACAACAUCACAAUAUCUACUUGCAAGGAUACUGAACCUACAGCGCCUAGGGAAAUAAAACUUAUUAAUUACAAGAGCAAUAAUAAUUAUCCUUACUCCGUGUCUAUCCAGAGGAAAGGCUCGCACUAUGCUUCUGGUGCCCUGGUAGAUAAGAAAUGGAUACUAACUGUGGCUGGAGAAUUUUAUAAUACACGCGAAACAAUCAAAUUAUUUCGUGUUCGCUUAGGAUCAGUCAAUUGCAAGAAAGGUGGAGUAUUGAUACCUCUAAAGUCUAUUGAAAUUCAUCCAUCCUAUGUCUAUAAAGAACCAAGUUUUGACAUAGCUAUGUUGAGGAUUGCGAAUGGUCUAGAAUUUUCAGAGUAUAUUCAACCAAUACCGCUAUCUGAUAUCAAGGGGCGAGUAGUGAGUGCGAAGUUCGUAGCUACAUAUUGGCCGAGAUUAAUUAUAAACGGUAAAAUUUUGCCACGGGCAGCUAAGGAGCGGCUUAAAUCAUACAGCAUGAGGGUUUCGACACAGAGAUCUAUACCUUGGGAUAAGUGCUACAUGCUUAGUCAGGCAAAUAAUUAUAAUCUACACGUAUCCAGUAUUUGUCUGGAACCAUUUAUUUCACAUCACAGUCCAUGCAUGCCUGAUGCUGGAGCUCCAAUUGUUGCUGAUGGUGGUCUCUGGGGCAUAACGUCCAGUUGGAUAUCAGAAGAUUGCUUAACUCAUCCGAGUCCAACAAUAUUUACAAGAAUCUCCUCAUCGCAUAUUCGGCUCUGGAUAGAUUCGCUAUUGUAA